AUGUCAUCGAUUCCACUCAAGGUCAUCUUUGGGGGUGCCGUCUUGGAUCCCAUCAACGGGAAUUUUGCCACGGUGGAAGACACUCAAGUGAUAUUUCAUGCCUUGAAAGAAGAAGGCAUCGACACUGUCGACACUGCCCAGGUUUAUGGGCAGAGUGAAUCUCUCCUUGGUCAAGCCGAGGCUGGCUUAUCUUUUACGGUCGACACCAAACAUUGUGGCGGUCAUAUCCCCGGUCAAUCCACCAGAGAGACAUUGCUUGCACGAGCGGAGGAAAGUCUGAAGAAACUUCAAGUCGACCAGGUCAACAUUUUCUACAUUCAUUCCCCCGAUCGAGCUACCAACCUGACAGACACUCUGUCCGCGGUAGAUGAACUGUUCCGGAAGGGAAAGUUCAAACAAUUCGGCUUGUCAAACUUCCUCGCACACGAAGUAGAAGAGGUUGUGCGAGUUGCAAAGAAGCAUGGUUUUAUCCUCCCAUCUGUCUUCCAGGGAAGCUACAGCGCUGUAACUCGAAGGCCGGAAACAGAGCUCCUCCCUAUCUUACGGAAACACAAUAUCUCAUUCUACGCAUACAGCCCCAUGGCGGGAGGGUUCCUGGCGAAGUCCCGUGAAGGCAUCACGGCCGGACAGGGCCGCUGGGACCCCGCCAGCGCCUUCGGAAAGUUUAACCUGGCGCUGUUCAACAAUGCUGCCAUGCUGGAGGGUCUUGAUUCCUGGAUCGCCAUAUCGGAGAAGUGGGGUAUUUCCCAGCCCGACCUUGCCUAUCGGUGGAUCAUGUACCACUCCGCACUCAAUCGCCAAUAUGGAGACGCUGUCAUUAUUGGCGCAAGUAAAGUCACGCAACUUCAUAGUACAAUGCGGGGUUUGCGUGAGGGCCCUCUUCUGGAUGGAGCGGUGGAUGAUAUCAAUGCUAUGUGGGAGAUAGUGAAGGGCGAGGCUGUGCUGGAUCCUGUAAAUGCGCUUAUGCUAAAGGGCAGUUCCUCCGAGACUGCCAUGUCUGAAACUUGA